CGCAGUGAGAACUUCGAGAGGCCUGUGGACCUUGAGGGCUCUGGGGACGACGACUCCUUUCCUGAUGAUGAACUGGAUGACCUCUACUCGGGGUCAGGCUCGGGCUACUUCGAGCAGGAGUCGGGCAUUGAGACAGCCAUGCGGUUCAGCCCAGAUGUGGCCCUGGCGGUGUCUACCACGCCUGCUGCGCUGCCCACCACGGACAUCCAGCCUGUGGGCACCCCGUUUGAAGAGCUCCCCUCUGAGCGCCCUACCCUGGAGCCAGCCACCAGCCCCCUGGUGGUGACAGAGGUCCCGGAAGAGCCCAGCCAGAGAGCUACCACCAUUUCCACUACCAUGGCCACCACUGCUGCCACCACCACAGGGGCCCCAACUGUGGCCACAGUGGCCGCAACUGCCACCCCUAGCACCCCUGCAGUGCCCCCUUCCACGGCCACCACUGCUGUCAUAAGGACCACCGGUAUACAGAGGCUUCUGCCUCUUCCACUGACCACGGCAGCCACGGCCCGGGCCACCACCCCGGCAGCACCCUCACCUCCCACCACGGUGGCUGUCUUGGACACAGAGGCCCCAACACCCAGGUUGGUCAGCACAGCUACCUCCCGGCCGAGAGCCCUUCCCAGGCCAGCUACCACCCAGGAGCCUGACAUUCCCCAGAGGAGCACCCUGCCCCUGGGGACCACUGCCCCUGGACCUACGGAAGUGGCUCAGACCCCAACUCUGGAAUCCUUCCUCACCACGAUCGGGGAUGAGCCAGAGGUGCCAGUGACUGGGGGGCCCAGUGGGGACUUCGAGCUGCCGGAAGAAGAGCCCACACAGCCAGACACAGCCAAUGAGGUGGUGGCUGUGGGAGGGGCUGCGGCCAAGCCGUCACCUCCACCUGGGACACUGCCAAAGGGUGCCCGCCCAGGCCCCGGCCUCCUGGACAAUGCCAUCGACUCGGGCAGCUCAGCUGCUCAGCUGCCUCAGAAGAGUAUCCUGGAGCGGAAGGAGGUGCUCGUAGCCGUGAUUGUGGGCGGGGUGGUGGGCGCCCUCUUCGCCGCCUUCUUGGUCACACUGCUCAUCUACCGCAUGAAGAAGAAGGACGAGGGCAGCUACACGCUGGAGGAGCCCAAGCAGGCCAGUGUCACGUACCAGAAGCCUGACAAGCAGGAGGAGUUCUACGCCUAGCCGAGCCGUGAGCCAUGUGUCUGCAGCCUCGGCACCGCCCUCCAUCCAGUCCCCGGCCCGCCUCUCAGCCCAGGCCUGGGACUGGGCCUGGAAGGGAGCCUGGCCCUAGGUCUUCUCUGCCCUCCCUCCCGAGGCCUGCCAAGGCUGCCAGCCUCGCACAGAUCCGCCCCGAGGAACAGGGGGUGCUGCCACCUGCCCCAGACUGUACCCUUAUGAGCUCAUCUGUCGUGCCCCCACCAGCCUGGGGCUUCAGGACCUCCUGCCAGCCGGACAGGAGGAAAGAGGCUCCCGACUGGCUGGGGGGAGAAGGGGUGGGGCUUGAGAUGGGCCUGAUCCCCAGCCUGGCCUCCACGGGGCUGGUCCAGGUCUCCUUUUUGGGGCAGAGAGGCACUCAAGCUCGUUUCCAGGACAGACAUUUGGCAAACUCUGCCC